GCAAGUGUAUGAUCAAAAUGAAUGACCUCUUUCUCUUAAAAUGGACUUAAAGCUUCUAGGAAGCUUACAUUGGACUUCUAACUGCCUACGCUUAUUCUUAGAGUAGUAUUAAGUGUCAAGGUUAUAUGCAAUGGCUCCCAAUGUUGAACCAUGCUUGCAAGAAUUCUCAAAUUGUUUCUCAGAAAGUGCAGCUACAAAGGCAAAUGAUACGAUAAAAAGAAGUCUUAGUAGUGACGAAAGACCGCAGGAUUCUAUUGAGACCCAAGGUUCUAUUGACACCCAAGAAAUUUUGUUUGAAAAUUUAAAAAAAUUCCACGAGUCUGGAUACAUAGACAUUUCUGAUGGAGAAACAAAGUUAUUGGAAAUGUUGGCUGAGGGAGUCUUGGCUGAUGAGAAAACUGGAAAAAAGGAACAAGUGGUGAAUUUAAUUCAAAGUUAUAAAUCUCAGUUUCCAAUCCAGGAAAAAAUUUUUGGAAGAGAAAAAGAUAUGAAGAAAAUUCUAAAUUUUUUGUCUAAUCCUCGCGUUCCUGGACUAAACUUGUUUGGAGAAUCAGGAGUUGGAAAGACAACCUUAGCCAAAGAGGUUUCUAAAAAUAUGAAAGAGUUUGUAACUUUAUCUAUUGAUCUGAGAGGCACACAAGAUAUAAAUAAUGUUUACUUUAAGGUACUAGAAUCAUUUAAUUUGGCCAAAUCUGAUUAUAAUAAAGAAAGAAUCUACACACAUCUUCAAAAUUUAACCAACAGAACACUUCUCCUUCUUGAUAAUGUUGAACAGUUUAUGUCCAAGGAAAAGGAGGCUGACCAAGAAGCAAGAAGCAAAUUCCUAGAAUUCCUUAAAGCCAUCACAGUGUCUAAUGCCUGCAAAAAUGGACACUUAAAGGUUUUACUCACUUCUAGAAUCCAAAUAGAUGAACAAGAAUUAAAGCAUGCCCUUUUUGUUGAAUAUAAACUCGAACCAUUCAGCAAGAAAGAGUCGACAGAGUAUAUUAGUAGAAGAGUAAAAGAUGCAGAUUCAGAUCAAAGGCAGGAGAUAGCUGYAGUGAAAAUUUCAGAUCAUUGCAAGGAUAUAAUCUAUUUACUGCGUGCAGCUGAACAAUUAAAGAGAGAGCAGUAUUCUACUUCUCUUCAAGUAUUGGAAAAAAUAGCUGCACAGAUUGAAAAAGGGGUACCAGAACAAUUUGCCUGCAUCAGUGCAUUGUUUGAAUCUCUACCAAAUGAUCACCUGAAACAGAUUGCUGUAAAAAUUUCUUUACUUCAGCGUCCUUUCUCUGUUUACACUGCAAUGAAAGUUAUUGAGAUGUCUUCAGAAUAUGACGCAAAAUGGGAUCUGGAGUUGUUAGUGACACAAAAAAUAAUCACUGCCGAAGAUGUGAAUGGAGAAAGGAAAUAUGAUGUUCAUGAUCGUUUCAGAGAGUUUGUUGCUUUGUAUUUGUGUAAAGAAGAUCCUGUCUCCCAAGAACACCUCAGCAAAGGAAAAGAAAAGUUUGCUGAGAAUUUUUCUGAUGAGUUGGUAAAACUCUCAGAAAAAUUAGAAAGUGACUUUGUUGUAAUGUUCAAGAUGCUGGAAGACAACAGGCCAAACUUUGAAAAAACGAUUGAUAUCAUAAUUGAAGAGGAAUCAUUUGAUUUACUUUUUUAUUCUGAUGAUCUGAAAAAAGCUGGUCUUCUCUCAUUGCUCUUCAAGUAUGUAGUAAAUAAUCAAAAACGAAGGGAACUGUUCAAAAGCUGGUCAGAAAAUUCAGAGAAAAAAGGGAAUUUGUUGAUAAGUGCAUACAUAAAAUGCUGGGAGGCCCUUCUUUCAGCAGAAAUGGAGGGAAUUUCACGUGGUUUUAUAACACUAAAUCAAGCAAAAAGGUUUCUGGAUCAGGUUCAUAAGAAGACAUCAAAUCAAGGACUCUUUGAUAUGACACGAGGAAUGUAUCUAUUCUCUAAAGGACAUCUAAAAUACCAAGAGGCUGGAAACCUCACUGACCAGUCAUCUUCAGAAACAAAAAAGAUGACCAAAAGGAUUCUUAAAGAGGCACUCAGUGACCUAGAAGAGUCACUAGUGAUUCAUCAGAAAGUCUAUGGUGACCAUAGCCUUACAGCAAGGUCCUUAGAUCUAAUGGGUAAUUGUUACAUGCAGCAGUUUGAACCAGAGAAAGCAGAAUUAUUCUACCAAGAGGGUAUGUGCAUGAAGUUGAAGCUCAUUGGUAGUGAGAAACAUGAYGAUAUAGUCCAUUACUAUAACCAGCUUUCUCAAGUACACCAAAUGAUGGGAGACAAGAUAAUGAAAGGACCAUUUGAUCUGAAAAAGGUGAUGGGGCCACUACUUCCUUACCAAAGGAGAGCAAAAAAAGAAUAUGAGAUUGCAGCUAACUUACUGAAAUUAGCAUUAGAUCUUCAAGAAAAUCUGGGCGUUUGUGAUACAGAAGAUACAGCAACAUUUCAAAGAAACCUUGCAAAUCUUAACAUUGCUCUCAAAAAUUAUGACAAAGCACUUGAAUAUGCCGAGAAGUCUUAUAAAACAAGAUAUUGUUUGCUUAAAGAACACCCAGAGACUGUGAGAAUUCUGUACCUGAUUGGGAUCAUUCAUGAAUGGAGAAASGAYCAYAAAGCAGCUCUAGCAAGUUACGAAGAAGCUUUUGUAAUGGAGGAGUCUUUACCUGAAGACAACCACAGCRUUGUGAGAAAACUACUUUGUGACAGACUUGAAGCAAUGUGUAAGAAACUGAACAAGAAAAACAAACUGAAAGAGUAUGGACCAAGAAUCAAAGCAAUGAAGCAGAUUAAAAGCUCUCAGCCACACCCUGAAGAACCUGCAGCACAAGUUUCUCCAACGACAAGAGGACGUGAUGAACAACACCUCGAGACUGCUGAAGAGCCAACGGAAGAGGAAGUCUCUGAUUAUCUUAUCCAGGGUGAUAUAACAGAGGAAACUCCUCUUAUCUAUACUGAACCAGGAGUAGCUGACGCUGAACAUCCUGUCCAGGAAGACCUACCAGGUCUUCCAUUACCACCAGACGUUACUGCUGUCACCCCUACUGAACCAGGAAUAGCUGACGCUGAACAUCCUGUCCAGGAAGACCUAACUGGYCUUCCAAUACCACCAGACGUUACUGCUGUCACCCCUACUGAACCAGGAAUAGCUGACACUGAACAUCCUGUCCAGGAAGACCUACCUGAUGUUCCAUUACCAACAGACGAUACUCCUGUCACCCCUACUGAACCAGGAAUAGCUGACACUGAACAUCCUGUCCAGGAAGACUUGCCUGGUGUUCCAUUACAACCAGACGAUACUCCUGUCACCUCUACUGAACCAGGAAUAGCUUACACUGAACAUCCUGUCCAGGAAGACCUUGAUAUUUCGGUUGUAACUGGAAUAACUGAUGAAAUUCCACCACAAUGCAUUACGAUAAAUCCAGAAGGCGGAAUUCUUGACAUCCCCAUGAUUGGAAUUCGCCUCGAUAUCCCACCAAACACAGUCACGCAAGCUACCACUCUAAUAUGUAAGAAAUACACUGCAGAAUCCUUACUCGUGACAUUCCCUGCUGGGAAAGACGAAACUGUCGUAAGUUACAUCGUGGGACUGGAACCCAGUACUAUUCGACUAAACAAGCCGAUCAGCGUUAGUCUGAUGCAUUCUGGGCCAGGAAAGGAAUAUGGCUACGAAACUAUUGUGAAGGCACUCAGUCAGGACAAUGAAACUUGGCAAGAGCCAAAAGUUUUAGAUCGCAGACAAGUGAAGGAAUCAGCAGAUUGCAGAAAAGAUUACGUUGAAGUACAGAUCGGUGAACUGACCAUCUUAGCAGUUGUAACCAGACUCAUCACAGAUCGAUUCCAAGUCACACCCAAAGGAUGUGUUGUCAGGUCUUCUGUGUGCGAUGAUGUCACGAUUGAGUUCCCUCAAGGAGCUGUUAACAAGACCGUGGAAGGGACCAUGAAGCUGAUACUCGUAGAUUAUUGGAAGAAAGAAAAUGGGUAUCCUCUCCCAAUACUGUGCGUAGAUGGCUUUGAUGACGUUCACUUUAAGAAACUGCCAACAAUAAAACUGCCUCAACCUUGUCCUGAAAAAUAUUCUGAAAGUAAGAUCUGCGUGCUCUGUCUGGAGGAUAGCAAAACUCUAAGUAAAAAUGAAAGCCAAUGGAAGGACAUCACAGAGAAAAUACACAUCGAAGAGAAUGAAUAUUCUAUACAACUACAUGUGACACAUUUUUCCUGGUUUUCUGGUUGGAAAUGGAAAGACAUCCCACCCAUAACAUACAUAUCUUCAGCCUACGAAUAUCUCUAUUCACCUCCAACAACUGUUUGUUUCGCAGCCUUUAAAAUUACCGGAGACUCAUUCAACAGCUUUCAAUUAGGGCUAUUGUGUGUUGAUAACACACGCCUUGAAGAGUUGCAAGUUAACUCACAACUAAGUCUCAAAACGGGAGAAGCAAUGCGAAAAAACGAAAAGGCUUAUGUUCAAAUAAAGGGAGACUUCAAACAGGAUGAAUCAGACGCGGAACCCGUCUUUCUUUGUUUUUUAGGAAAGAAGGUGUAUAAAAAUGACGUUUAUAUUUGCAAAAGGGGUGGAAUCUAUAAAGACGGCGAAGAAAUGCUUAAAGUUUUUUUUCACGCCGAAAAUGAUGAAAAGCGUCAUUUAUGCAAACUGUCUCACAAGGCUAAAGAUAUUCCAUCGCCUCCGAUAUGGUCAACCAAAG